UUUUUCGCCGCCAUCCUGCUCUGCGUGGCUGGCUGCUUCUCACCAUGUCUUCUCGCAAGACUUUCAGAAUCAAGCGAUUCCUGGCCAAGAAACAAAAGCAGAAUUGUCCCAUUCCCCAGUGGAUUCGGAUGAAAACUGGUAAUAAGAUCAGGUACAACUCCAAGAGGAGGCACUGGAGGAGAACCAAGCUGGGUCUGUAAGGUGUCACCCAUCAUGAGAUGACACACUUAAUUGGCACACAUAUUUAAUUAAGCUGCGUGAAGAUCAUGUGUUCUAUCAUUCUGUAAACAUCCUUCCUACCUGGCGGUAGACUUGUCUUAUCAUGGAAAUGAUUUUCUCUGUGAGUACACCUCCACACCAGUAGGUUGGUUCGGUAAUAAAUGCGAGACCUUUCACCUCCAAAAAAAAAAA